CGCGUCAUCAAUGCAUCAUCAAGUCCGACGUUUAAGUUUUCACCGCGACGAACAUGUACAAAGUGCCCAGCUACUCGAAUCUAGGACUAUUGCUGAUUUUCGCGUGCUGACGUGUGGACACAAUCGGAGCUUGUACCAUGAACAUCUCGUUGGAUAUGAUCAUCUCACACGAAGCCACGAAACACCAGAGAUCUUCCCACCGUUCCGUUGGCUUCGCCUCUCUUUGACCGUGGUAUAGGGAGCGUCGAUACCAUAAUCAACAUGUUUCAAGGGCAUACUCCGUUGAACAAUCUGGGAUGAUCCCCUUCCUAUGCCGGUAUCUGCUCCCUCCCGCCCUCUAUAUAUAAGGGUUUCGACAUCCUCUCCCCGUCUUGAUCCCAUUUCAUUUGUCAUGACGGACACAGACGGGCUCGAUAUUCUGUACUAUACGAUAAGAUUAACAUGCCAAACCUUAGUUUACGGCAUGUACACAAUUCUCAUGCCGAUCUGCUCCUAUGUUAUGUUGAAGCGAGGUCUUCGAAGGAAAUCGCAUAUCUUGCUGUUCUGCAUGCUGGUCUUCAUGUUCUCCCUUUCGACUGCGUAUUGGAUCCUAUCUUUAUAUCACGACGUGCAUCUUAUCACCACCUCAUUUGUUCAUGGGAUUCCUCUGGAUGAUAUCGCUUCUACCUACAGCGUACAACAAGGCAUGUUGAUGAAUGCCCUCGUCCUCUUGAACUAUGUACUAACCGACGGGGUCGUCGUUUGGCGGGCUUGGGUACUUUGUCAAGACGGGUACAGCAAAAGUUUGAUUCUCCCUAUGGUGUUCUUAUGCUUGACUCUCCUGUCUGUUAUGGUCACAAUCGGACUGCGCAUCGCAAUAACCGUUAUUUCUGUCAGCCAGCACAUCGUCAUAGCCCAUAGAGGCUUAGCUCGUGCGAUAGAUUACUACUGCCAGGUGACGAACUUGGUCCUGUCAUUGUUGACCAACAUUUUUUCCACUUCGAUUGUCGGAAUCAAGGCUUGGCAUCAUAGACACUGGGUCACAUCCGAACUUCAAAUGAGGCGGAGAAAUAUAACCGUAGCAGAACGAGUUUUAACUUUGCUCGUCGAGUCCGGGAUCAUUUACUGCCUUUCUGGAAUAACGGUUCUAAUUGCCACUGUGAUUCGACUUCCUUUUGGCACUCUCGGUGACGUCUACACUCCGGUCAACGUCCAGUUCGCGGGGAUCUAUCCGACCAUAGUCCUUCUUGUCAGCCACCAAGGUGAAUUAAACGAAACUGCCAUGUUCACGUUUCAGUCGGACAAAAGCAAUCCCCCGGAACAGUCGCCGAAUGUAUCCAAUUUGGAUGCCAUCGAGUUUGGCGGUAAUCCUCACCUCAGCAGCUCUUUUGGAAAAACAGAGACCUUUGCGGAUGUUAGGCACAGCGGGUCCAUAGCAUCACGAUCUUCUCAGGCUUAGCGUGCAGGACCACGCAGACAUAUGUUUUACUUUACAUUAACACUUUGGCUA